GACAGUCGCUUGUCUGAGUCAACGGUAUAAAUUCUGUCGGUCUCGCAUAAGCACGCAGAAGAAAGGAAGUUUCUUCUCCAUCGGGUCGGUGUGAAGUUUUGGCAACGCCACCAAUCCUUUGUCGUCUGUUUAUUUCAGGCCAAACCCCAAUUUCAUUCAGCUUCGUCAUGAUGCAGCUCAGCGACGCGCACUGCAACAAGCACUCGCUGCUCAACGUGAUGAACCGCUUUAUCGCCGCGGCCAACAACAUGGACGAAACCAUCAUGGUGCCAAGCUUACUACGUGAUGUGCCUCUGGAGGAACAGGAUAGUCAAGCCUCUGUUAGCCAAAACAAUAACGAGCCGUCUUUCCCCAGCAAACAGAGGGAUAUGUAUGAGCACUACCUGCUGCUGAAGUCCAUUAAGAAUGACAUGGAAUGGGGCCUGCUGAGGAGAGAGAUGGGCGGCAGUGCCAGCUUCCUGGAAAUGGCUGUGAAGCAAGAGGGCCCGCAGCAGAUAAAUGGAGAUGUUGAGGACUGCCCGGACUUGGAGAGCGAGUUCCACUAUCAUCUCCAUGGACUGUUUGGGGUUCUGUCGAAGCUUACGGUUCAGGCUGACCACCUCACAAAUCGAUACAAGAGAGAAAUUGGUGGCGGUAGCCUGUUGCGGUAGGAGUGAAAGUGGUAUGGACAAUUCUUGAACUGUUGGAUUGGGAAAUGGGGCAGCAGCUGACUAAGGGCUUUAGAUUCUUCUCUGCCAUCAAUGGGGGUCUUUCUUUUUUCGAGUUACGCACAAAUCUUGGUGCUUUUAAAAUGGUUCCAAGUUAAAGGGCUGAGGGGGUAUUUCGUUUUUAAACUGAUCUUUCAGUGGACCAUCGAUUCUGGUUAGACCCUAGAGAUUUUCUUUCCCUCUAUACGCCUGGUCAAAAAGCCCUUGACACGUCAAAGCUAUUGAAGAAUAGGAAUGCUGGUAAUUCUGUUCUUCUUUGUCUAGUCCAUGCCUUUUAAUCAGGGGAUUUUUAUGUAUUAAUGCUGCUCUCGUGCACAUGUCCAUGAAAAUGGUGUGCCUUCUGUUUGCGGUUCCCACUUGUGCUGUUCAAGUAUGUAUGCUUGCCAUGCAUAGUAUCACGUUGAACAGGGCCCAUGCUGUGUUUGUAAUGCCACUUGUCUCGUUUGUCCUAAAAGAUUUCAAAUUUUAUAUUCUGUAAUAUAGUGACUUAUUAAUAAAGAAUUAACUUAAAUUGUACUGAUUUCUGCCUGUAAAUUGUACUGCUUUUGUAACGAGUCAAGAUACUUGUUUCCAAGUGGGCUGAGUCCAAUAUCUAAUCCUAAAUAGAGCCAGUGAGUGUUGUUAAUCUGGUUUUGUAAGCGCUGUAUCACUUUAGCUACCAUGUGAUGUCUCGCAUAGGCAGAUUUGAGCUUGUCUGCAUUCAUCCCUAUUCAGCCGUGUUUGUGACCCACCCUAUGCCACAAACCGUAUAUACUGGCGACGAGUACAAUAAGUCAACAUCCAAAUCCAGUGGUCCCAACCCUGUUCCUGGGGACCUACCCUUCUGCCUACUUUAGGUCCAACCCUGUUUCAGCACACCUGUCCUUUUUAAUUUUUUUGUUAGCUGCCUAAAGCUUGAUUGGCAGGUUCAGGUGUGUUUGAUUAGGGUUGGAGGUGAACUCUGCAGAAAAGUAGAUCUCCAGGAACGGGGUUGGUGACCCCUAUUCUAAUCUAAAUUGUUCAAGUGUCUUAAGCCAUAAAGUGUCUGGAGAAGAUUAUCGGUUCAUGUGUACUACGGUCACAGACUCUAUGGGUCGCAGUAACUUUCAAGGGAGAGAUUAUUUUGUUUACCCACAUGUAAAUUUGUAUUUCCCUAGUAAAUGCAUCUUGUUGCACUUUGUUGUUUCCUGGUUGAAUAUAUGGAUCACAUCUUUCCCGUAACUGAUUUCAGCAAUUCUAUACUUAAGUCAUUUUGUGGUUACUUUUUAACUUUGUGUAUCCUGGUGGAGAUGAUGAUUAAACCUGACGACCACAGUCAUUAUUAAAGCAAAGAAAAUCAGUCACAUACUUUGCAUUAGAAGGGCAAUUCCAUACAAAUGCCAACCUUAUUAUAAAAAAGUAAAGUUUUUAACCAUACUGGUAUCUCACAAUUCAAUAUCUCAUCGUUUAAUUACACAUGCAAUGUCUCUGUUAAAGUUUUUAAAGCGUUUUCCCAUACUUGGAUUUUUUUUUCCAUACACAUGCAAAUUUCAGAAUUGUCACAUCCAUAUUGUGGAAAUGUCACGUCCACGAUGCUGUUUCUUCCCCGUAAAUGUGCAUACAAAUAUUAAAAUAUUGUUUUUUGAAGA